ACCAUUCGUAAGAGAGAGGAGGCGGGACUUAACUGUGCCUCGCCACACCUGCUGUCAACGCAUUAGAAAGCAAAGAACAACGGAAACUUACAGGCUUACAGAAUGAAUGGAACAGGUUACGGCAACUUUGACAACCAAGAACACGUCCUCAAACUCGGAGAGACGUUUGAGAAAAACCCCAAAAGUGCCUACCACACUGUGCGGUAUGACUUCAAACCAGCUUCUAUUGACACAACCUGUGAAGGAAAUCUGGAAGUGGGAAAAGGAGAGCAAGUUACCAUCACCUUGCCCAAUUUAGAGGGGUCAAGUGCUCAAGUAACAGUUUUCAAGGGGUCCAAGAGGCCAUACAUGAAGGAGUGCAUCCUCAUCGUGAACCAUGAUACUGGAGAAUAUAGACUGGAGAAACUCAACAGCAACAUAGCUGUGAAGAAGACCAGGGCUGAGGGCAGCAGUAAAAUUCACUCUCGCCUAGAGCAGCAGACCAGUCGCCUUAGCCAGCAGGUGAAGAAUAGCAGCACCAGUAGCAACAGUAGUAAUAAUAAGAGCUCCACCAGCUCUAAGAGCUCUCCUAUCAAAGAAAAGACAUCUCCUGCGUCUCCCAUGGAUGACAUUGAGAGAGAGCUGAUGGCAGAGGCGCGGGUCAUGGACCAGCUGAGCAGCGGCGGCAGCUCCUCGGACUCCAACAGCUCGUCGUCCUCCAGCAGUGAGGAAAGCUCCAGCAGCAGCGAUUCGGAGGACGAACAGGCCCGCGCGGCGCCCUCAGCGCCUCCUAACCAGAGCAUGCCCAUCAUCAACACCAGCUCCAGCAAAAGCAGCCACCAUCAGGAGAGUGGAGGGGGACUCAUGAACACUCUGAAGAGUGACCUCCAGCUCAGUGAAUCAGGCAGUGAAAGUGAUGACUGAAGGGUGUAAAGAUGUCCAAUAACAUGAGAAGAAAUCCCUGAGGAGUCAAGGAGCCAGUAGCAAAUCUGUGUUUGGCCUCCUCUGCCUCAGGAGAGCCUCACACACAGAUCAGGUGUGUUACAUCCCAACCACUGUCGAGCUUUGUCUGCCUUGUUAUUGUGUAGCAGCCUUUAUCGAGAGAUAUUUGUAGUUUGAUAAAUAACAGACAAAAAAAAGUAAAAGGUGGAAUGACAUGUCCAUAGUCUGGUGCCUAAACCUUCUCUGAUGCUUCUGUAUUCUCAAUUAGCGAUAAAAAAAUAAAAAAAACCUGUUUUUGUGCCUUAUGUUCGGAAAACGUGUUCUAGCAUCUAUGAUGAAUUAUUUUAGUUUAGACUUCUCAUGUCAACUAUGGAACAAAAAAAUAUUAUUUCGACUUACUAGAACAUGCAUCCAACGGUCACUUUAUAUAAUCGACAAAGAGGAAGAUUUCUUUGCUUUAAACGCUCAAUGUUGCAUUUCAGUGACAGGAGUUUACAAAACUAUAAUCUGUCAGAAAAUGAGCUGAAACAGAGUAAUUGCCCAGUUAAGUUUGAGUUAUCUGUAGCUUUAUUUUGAGUUGUCCCAGCCCUUUGCUCUACAGUUUAGCUCAUCUUCCUUUAUUUCAAAUGCUGAUAAACUUCACAUCUUUAGUGUAAUAAAUGAUGUUUGGCAAAUUAGAGCACUAUUUAUAUGCUUUGUGUCUUCAGCCUGCAAUACUUGAAUCAAACUAUCUUUCUAAACUUGACCAAACUCAGUUUAAAUCUUCAGCCAGUUGGAAGAGCGAGUUACAAACGUUGCAGCUCUGGUAUGCAGCAUGUGGCUUUUCUCGUUCUGUCAGCCAGUUUAAUGGCAAACGAACGUCUCAUCGCUGCUCACCUGCCAAAUUAAGCAAAAACUGAAGCUGCUGUUUCUUCUUCUGCUCAUCUUUCUCGUAAUUACUUGAAACAAAACGUGUUUUUCUGCACCUGCUUUAGACUUCUACUUAAGGAGAAACAUUUACAACCAUUUUCUGAGAAAUGUGUGAAUUAAUAAAAGAUUUUACUUGUC